AAAGGUGAAAGUUGACUGUGUCUGCGAGAAGAUGGCGACUGAGUGAAGAGAGGUUGAUUUGAUUUCUCGUACGGGAAGUUUAUGAGGUUUUUCUCGGACGAGCAAGUACUGAGAAAGGCCUGGAAGAUGGCGGAGGUGGCGCUGGAGGAACUGAGUAAGCUGGAAUACCUGUCGCUGGUGUCCAAGGUCUGCACUGAGCUAGACAACCACCUGGGCAUCAACGACAAGGACCUGGCUGAAUUUAUCAUCAGUCUUGCUGAGAAGAAUAUUACUUUUGAUACUUUCAAAGUAGCACUGCUAAAGAAUGGAGCUGAGUUUACAGAUUCGCUCAUCAGCAAUUUGUUACGUUUGAUCCAGACUAUGCGACCUCCACCCAAGCCAUCAAGCUCCAGCAAAUCUGAAUUACCAAAACAAAAAUCAGAAAAAGAAAAAAUGAAGGAGCUAUUCCCCGCCCUUUGUAUGCCGGAUAAUCCAUCGAUGCGGACUUUACUGGAUGAAGAUGAUUUGAAAGUGGCUGCAGAUGCAUUGAAGGAACUUGAAGCCUUGAUGCCAUCAAAAAAUGAUAUUAAAAAGAGUAGCAAACACGGCUCUGAAAAAGUAAAGAAAAAGAAAAGGAGUCGCAGUCAUAGUAGAGACAGAGACCGGGACCGGAAGCGUCGUCGCAAGUCAAGGUCCAGAUCGCACUCGAGAGACCGGAACAAAGGUAAAUUCAGCAGGCGAUCCAGAAGCAGGAGUCGGAGCCCAAGCCGAGAUCAUAAGGAACGUUUCAGAACUAGAGAAAAGAGCUGUGAGAAAAGGAAAGAAAGAUAUGUCGACAGGCCUCCACCUGAAGAACCAUCUGUUGGUGAAAUAUACAACGGCAAAGUCACCAGUAUCAUGCAGUUUGGAUGUUUUGUACAGCUGGAAGGUUUAAGAAAACGAUGGGAAGGCUUGGUGCACAUAUCUGAGCUUCGACGAGAGGGGCGUGUAGCCAAUGUUGCUGAUGUUGUUAGCAAAGGUCAAAGAGUAAAGAUUAAAGUGUUAUCAUUCACUGGGUCCAAAACAAGCUUAAGUAUGAAGGAUGUAGAUCAAGAGACCGGAGAGGAUCUAAAUCCAAACCGACGGCGUAAUGUUGGAGGUGAAAGCAAUGAGGAAGCUGCCAUGAGGAACCCUGACAGACCUAGUAACUUAUCAUUGGUGAACACUCCUGAGGUAGAGGAUGAUGUUUUGGAGCGCAAACGUCUCACAAAAAUCUCCGAUCCAGAGAAAUGGGAAAUUAAGCAGAUGAUUGCAGCAAAUGUAAUCUCCAAGGAAGAGUAUCCAGACUUCGAUGAAGAAACGGGUAUCCUGCCUAAAGUUGAUGAUGAAGAAGAUGAAGACUUGGAAAUAGAGCUUGUGGAAGAAGAGCCGCCAUUCCUCAGAGGGCACACCAAGCAGAGCAUGGACAUGAGUCCUGUUAAGAUAGUAAAGAACCCUGAUGGCUCUCUGUCUCAGGCUGCCAUGAUGCAGAGUGCUUUGGCUAAGGAAAGGCGGGAAAUGAAGCAAGCACAACGAGAGGCAGAAAUGGAUUCGAUCCCAAUGGGACUCAAUAAACAUUGGGUUGAUCCACUACCUGAUGUUGAUGGCCGACAGAUUGCAGCAAACAUGAGGGGCAUAGGAAUGAUGCCGCAAGACAUACCUGAGUGGAAAAAGCAUGCCUUUGGAGGGAACAAAGCAUCUUAUGGACGUAAAACCCAAUUGUCAAUUCUUGAGCAGAGAGAGAGCCUACCAAUCUACAGACUUAAGGAGCAGUUGGUUCAGGCUGUGCAUGACAAUCAAGUCCUGAUUGUCAUCGGGGAGACUGGUUCUGGUAAGACCACUCAGAUAACCCAGUACUUGGCAGAGGCAGGAUAUACGACUCGAGGCAAGAUUGGGUGCACACAACCAAGGCGUGUGGCUGCAAUGUCAGUUGCCAAAAGAGUGUCGGAAGAGUAUGGUUGCUGCUUGGGUCAAGAGGUUGGUUACACCAUUCGAUUUGAAGAUUGUACCAGUCCAGAAACGGUAAUAAAGUACAUGACUGAUGGUAUGCUGCUGAGAGAGUGUCUAAUAGAUCCUGACCUGUCUCCAUAUGCUAUCAUCAUGUUGGAUGAGGCUCAUGAGAGGACCAUACAUACUGAUGUUCUAUUUGGGCUGCUGAAGAAGACUGUUAAAAAGCGUCCUGAUAUGAAAUUGAUUGUAACAUCAGCUACGCUGGAUGCUGUUAAAUUCUCCCAGUAUUUCUAUGAAGCACCUAUCUUCACCAUUCCUGGUCGAACAUACCCAGUGGAAGUGCUCUAUACUAAGGAACCUGAGACCGAUUAUCUUGAUGCUAGUCUGAUUACAGUGAUGCAGAUUCAUCUAACUGAACCACCAGGAGAUAUCCUGGUUUUUCUAACUGGUCAGGAAGAAAUUGACACUGCAUGUGAAAUUCUGUAUGAGCGAAUGAAAUCGAUGGGUCCUGAUGUGCCAGAGUUGAUUAUCCUGCCUGUCUAUUCUGCUUUGCCAAGUGAAAUGCAAACUCGGAUUUUUGAUCCAGCCCCACCAGGCAGCAGAAAGGUUGUAAUUGCCACUAACAUCGCUGAAACAUCAUUGACCAUUGAUGGCAUCUACUAUGUUGUGGACCCUGGUUUUGUUAAGCAAAAAGUUUAUAACUCCAAGACUGGUAUUGACCAGCUAGUGGUGACUCCAAUUUCACAGGCUCAAGCUAAGCAGCGUGCUGGCCGUGCAGGAAGGACAGGUCCUGGGAAAUGUUAUAGAUUGUACACAGAGCGUGCUUAUAGGGAUGAAAUGUUGACCACAAAUGUUCCUGAAAUUCAAAGAACUAAUCUUGCAAGUACUGUACUUUCACUUAAGGCUAUGGGAAUCAAUGACCUCCUUUCAUUUGAUUUCAUGGAUGCCCCUCCUAUGGAGACCCUCAUCACAGCCAUGGAACAGCUGUAUACAUUAGGAGCUCUUGAUGAUGAAGGCUUGCUGACAAGGCUUGGGCGUAGAAUGGCAGAAUUUCCUUUGGAGCCCAUGCUGUGUAAAAUGCUGAUCAUGUCUGUACAUCUUGGCUGCAGUGAAGAGAUGUUGACAAUUGUGUCUAUGCUGUCAGUGCAGAAUGUAUUCUACCGACCAAAGGAUAAGCAAGCACUUGCAGACCAGAAGAAGGCUAAGUUCCACCAGGCAGAAGGAGAUCACCUCACCUUGCUUGCUGUUUAUAAUUCUUGGAAGAACAACAAAUUCUCCAACCCCUGGUGUUAUGAAAAUUUCAUCCAAGCACGUUCCCUUCGCAGAGCCCAAGAUAUCCGCAAACAAAUGCUGGGCAUCAUGGACAGACAUAAACUGGAUGUUGUUUCAUGUGGAAAAGCUACAGUGCGAGUUCAGAAAGCAAUCUGCAGUGGCUUCUUCCGCAAUGCAGCUAAGAAGGACCCACAAGAGGGAUACCGUACAUUGAUUGACCAGCAGGUGGUGUACAUUCACCCUUCCAGUGCGCUCUUCAACAGGCAGCCUGAAUGGGUUGUAUAUCAUGAACUUGUGUUAACUACCAAAGAGUACAUGCGAGAAGUGACCACAAUUGACCCCCGCUGGUUGGUGGAGUUUGCACCUGCUUUCUUCAAAGUAUCUGAUCCAACUAAACUCAGCAAACAAAAGAAACAACAGAGGCUGGAGCCCUUGUACAACCGCUAUGAAGAGCCCAAUGCCUGGAGAAUUUCUCGAGCAUUCAGACGACGUUAGGCUGCUGGUCAUCUUGAGGAAGGUGAUGGAGAGGCAGCAUUGAAAAUGAAUGGGUGAAAAGGGGUCUGUAUACUUCACCCUUGGAACUGGAAAUUGGUGCCUGGAAUAUUUAAAGCAAUUAACGCUGCUGUAUAAUUUGUUUUUAAAAGUUUAAAAAAAGAACUGCAUAGAAGCUUUUUAUACAAGGAAAUACUCCAUCUCUUGAUUUAUUCUUCAUGUGUCAUAGUGAUGCAAUCUGUCACAUGUAAACUUGGUUUAAAGCUGCAAUCUUGUGUGCCUGCAUAAUAUAUAAUUAUAAAUGUUUUUUUUUCAAUUUGGCAUCCCCUUUAUCUUCUACAAAAGCAGAGUUACUUCGUGGACACUUGCACAAAACAGAAUAAAGAAUAUGUUUUACCAUUUUUCAAAAAGCUAAUGUUUAAAGAUUCGUUAAAGUGCAGAGCUAGCUUUAACAUCAACCCACUUUUUUUCCUUUAGUUUUGCUUUGCACAGAAGGUCCGGUACUUUUUUUAGUCACUCGAGUUUGACUUGGGAGUUUUAAACUUGAUUGAAAUAGAUUAAAUGUUUAUUUGUAAAACAUUGCUUUUCUCAUUACAUUCUUAAAAGACGUUGUACCAGAGGAAUGCCGGAUAUUGAUGAGUUGCCCAGUGAACGGAGUGAUACGGAUGUUUCUUUUGUUUCCAUUUAAUUUCAGAAAGGAAUGUCAAAUACUGUACUAACCUUCGAAAUGUUACAUUUUCUAUUUUAUGUGUAGCAUUUGGUCCUGAUAGAUGUUUUGCAGUGCAGUUAUUGCAGCAGUGAGAACGAGAAACAAGGGAAUUUUUUUACAUUAUACGACAUGCCAGUUUUAUUUACAAAUUAGGUGUAUAUAAAUUGAUAUUUCAUGUAUGUAAAAAAAAAAGUUCAUUUUUUAUUUGUGUUGUAUGUCACAAGUACAAAUAAAAACAGCUGUAUAUUUUACAUUCCUCGAUAUAUUUUUCAUGCUACUCUAGUUCUUUUGGACAUAACUACAAAGUUAUAAUUACAAUGUUGUAACUUCAUUCAUCCAGGCAGGAACCACAGGGCCACUUCAUCAUUGCUCUGUGUGCUAAUAUGUGGUUACUGCCUGGAAAUGCACUUACACAUUUCUUUUUGCAUGGUAAUUACUGUUAGAGUUUUGGUUUUAGGUAAUGAAUAUUGACUGUCAGAAUGUCAAAGUAAAUAAUGCAGAUGGCACCAUUAAACUUUAUAUAA